AUGUCCCGCCUUCUGAUCUCUGUUCUCUUCUCCACUGUGUUCCGUCUCUCCAAAGCGCUUCCGAUUGCGACACCUCUGCCUGCUGCUCAAGAGCAACCAGACCACAAACAAGACACACCGAUGGCUCCUUGGGUUAUUAAGACAAUCGUCGUUGCUUUUGUCAUUUUCGUUGUCGCUUUUUUGGCUUUUCUCUUCUACCAGGAGUGCAUGAGCCUGCUCACGAACCGACGAUCAUCUCCUGCCACUCUAACACCAGUGGUACCUAACAUCGCUCAGCAGGCAGCUGCCGUUGGCCCAUUCAGUAACGCUCGUCGUGUCUGGGUCCUCUUCCGUCGAUUUCCGGCCAUGUCAUUGCGCUUCGUUGCACCUUCUCGUCCAACGUACGAGGAGAUUGGUCUUCAAGAAAUUGAUCGCCCACCUCGGGCUCUCAUUCGAUUCAAGAUAAGAUCUCCCAUUGCUGGGCCAGCCCCAAGAACAAUUUAA